AUUAAUGCUAUGGCUGAAAGUAUUGAAACAAGUGGUGAAGGAGGAAGUUGGUGGGGAGGAUGGAUACAGGCAGCAAAAGAGAAGUCCAUGUAUGGGAUACAGGCAGCAAAAGAGAAAUCUAUGUCUGCCUACGAAAUGAUCAAGAAAGAUUUGGAGGAGUUUUCCAAUACCAUGUCAAAUGACACUGGUGAAGCUGUAGCUAAAACAAGUGAAUCUUUACGAGAAACCUUGAAGACAGAAAAUACUGAGGCUGCCAGAGACAAACUAAAGCAAGGGUUGUCCUCAUUUUUGGAUGGUUUGACAAAACUUUUAGUAGUAGAAGCUGAAGACAAAGAUGUCCCUGUAACAAGAAGAAAGAUUACAGAUCCUAUAUUUGAUAGGGCUAAGGCCAGACUACAUGCCAUACAAGUAGAUCCGGGUACCUAUUGUAAUGAUCCUACUGGUUCUAUAGAUAAGUAUAAAGAAUGGUUGAAAUCAUUUGACAUGGAAGUCAGGAAAGGGGAGGUUUCAGAAUUACUGGUAUCACAAGUGGAAGUCAGAGGACUUUAUACCAGACUGGUACCAUCAGAAAUUUCUCAUGCCAAUUUUUGGAGGAGAUAUUUUUACAAAGUUCACCAGCUUCAAAUUGAUGAAGCAAGGAAGUUGGCAUUAAUGAAAAGGGCUGAACAGUCUGAGAAAAAAGAAGAUUCCAUAAACUGGGACGAAGAGGAUGAUUCUAGUGCAGAGGAGGGAGAAGCAACUACCGGAAAAUUGAAAUAUGUAGAAAAUAAAAUACAGACUAACAAGGUGCAAAAUUUAUCACAAAACAAUAGUGAACAACCUCCCUCAACAUUGGUCAAAACAGAUAGUAGUAAAGACAGUGAUAUCAAAGACCAAACACAGGAAUCUGAUAUUGUUCCAAAUAAUGAACUUCCCUGUGAUAGUGAUUUACAGAAUAAUGUUCAUACACCAAAAUCCUGUUUAAAAACAGAAGUAGAAAAUUGUAAAUCAAUGGACAGUGAGACAAUAGGUGACAGUUCAAAGAACAAUGGGACAAAAGGUGACAUUUCAAAUGACAAUAAGACAAUAGGUGACAGUUCUCUAGUAUUAGAGGAAGAAGUUGAUAAACCCAGAGCCACAUCUAUACCAUGUGAAAGUCAUAAUGUGGAAAAAGAUUUGGAGAAAAAUGUAAAUACAGAAACAGAACAUGAUUUGGAGAAAAAUGUGAAUACAGAAACUGAAAAAUUAACAGAAAAUGAAAAUGUGAAACCAAGUGAACAGGAAAAUACAAAUGAAAAUGAUGAAAUAAGGACCAAAGAAAAGGGGGAUACAGUUGUUGUUAAUCCAGAUAGGGAUUCACCUUCAACAGAGUCUACAAAAGAAAGUGCAGAUGAAGACUGGGAGAGAGAUUUUGAUGUUGAACUGACUGAAGAAGAUAUGAAAGCCGCUGAUGAAAUUGCCAAGAAAUUAAAUUUGUCCUCUACGGACUACACAAAAUUAUCUGCAGAUGUGGAAGAUGAUUGGGAAAGCUGGGAAUGACCUGUUACAAUAUUCAGGUUGUCUAUAAACAUUGUGGAGGGUUACAUUUCUUCUCCUUUGCUUCAGAGGAUUCCACUUGAUCAUUUAUUUGUAUUUUUCAUUUCUCAUAAAACUGUGUAAAUAGGUUGGGUAUUAUGAUCCAAAUACAUGUUGGAAUGGGAAUCUUAAAGGAUUUAUUUUCCCUUGUAAUUUUUUUAAUCAUGAUUAAAUUGAAUUUAGAGGGAACUAUAUUUUAUAUUGAUUCUUAAAUUGUGAUUACUGAAGGUAAACAGUUAAAAAGGUACAUAUAAUAAUCCUAAAUAUAUUUUUAAAUGUUAUAAGAAUCAGAUAUUAGUAGCAAACUAUUGUUCAACAAGUAAUGGUGUGAAAAGUCUUUCAUUUUGUGGAAUGAUAACCACUUUGUACAAUGAUCUUUUUUCAUUUUUUUAUCCACAAUUUCUGAUUUUUUUAUGUUUUAUUUAAAGAAAAACUUUCAUGAUUUGAUAUUAAAAAAUAUCUAUAAAAAUUAUAAGUCUGUACACUUUUCAAUUAAUAUGAGAUCUGAAACAAAGCAAUCAAUUUAUUGAUGAAUAUGGAAGGGUAGACAAUUCUAUAUGACUACUUAAUUUUUUCAUGAAAUAGGCAUAUGAUUUAUCUUUCAUUGUUUCAUAUUGUUCACAAGCUUUGUGGGCUCAGUUACUACAUGAUAUAUUUUAUAGGACACUAAUUAUAUUACUUAUUAAUUGUUAUGUCAUCAGGGAUGUGAAAAUGUAAAACUGGAUUCAGUUAUAUACACCAAAAACUACUUCUUUUAAAUAAACUAUGAAUUACUUUUUGGCAUUCUUCAAAACUUGUAGAAAACUUUCAUUAAAAAUUUAUCACAAGUAGGACAUUUUCACAGCCCUGGGUAUUAUUUGUUAAAACUUGAUGAAUUGUUGUUAAUUGCCAUCAAUUUACAUGUAAUUACAUUGAUGCUAUUGCUAUUAAGUUUUGUCCUUUGUAUAUGUAUACAAAUAGAUUGUAUAAUUUCUCCUUUUUACGUUCUCAUUCUUUUGCCAUUUAGAACACUAUAUUUGUUUUAUAACAACUUAUAUAGACUUUGGACAAUUUAGAGCUUGACAUAUGAUAUACAUAUUUGUCCUGAGUUGGAAAUAUGGAUUCUAGCACUGCAUCAAGUGUAACAUGAUAUUAAUCCACUCAAGACAGUUAAAUUUUCAAAUUUAAAAUGCGAGAUUCGCCAAAUUUUACUGUUGAUAGCUAUAGUGGAUAAAUAUCGUAUUGCACGAGAUUUGGUGGUGGAAUCUGUUUCUCUAAUAAUUUUAGAAGAUUUACAGACAAUCUCAAUCCUUCUUUUCGAAUGAUCUGCAAAAAGAUGUAUUAUUUCUAUGUGACAUCAUCAGGCAUGGUCGCCUUUUUUCGUGACACCACAACAGGAAAUGCAGAGGAGAGCAAGAAAAUUGUACGUCAUAAUCAAAUUUUGACCAGUGAAGAACUGUGAUCAAACAAACCACAUGUUGAUUAAAUAAGAAUAAUCAUCAAAGGAUUAAGCAACAUACUAAUAUAGUUAUUCAUACUGUCUGAACCAAGCCUCUCUCAACCAAAGUUGCCCUGAUUGAACCUUACAAGAUUCUUAAGUAACAUUUUAGGUGAGAGAUAAAUGCAGAGUAUAUCUUAAAACAUUGGCAAUUGAUUUAUCUUCAGAUUUAUUUACAUUGAAAUAAUAUAUUAUUUAUACUUUUCUGUUAAGUUGACUUCUCUAUCUAUAUUUAUUAACUAUUGUUUAUAUAAAACAGUGCUAUUUUAUGAUUAAAUCAAUGAAUGUCUGUA